AUGGGCCUUUCGACAGCCUAUCACCUUGCCGUCGCGGCCCCCAAGCUCAAGAUCGCUGUCGUGGAGAAAGACCCCUGUUACAAGUACGCGUCCGCUGUGCUAUCGGCUGGAGGUAUCCGCCACCAGUUUUCCGAGACGGAGAAUAUCGAGAUGAGUCUCUACGGCACCGACUUCCUUCGCAAUAUUGGCUCAACGCUGAAGGUGAACGGACAUGAUGCUCCAAACGUGCAGUUUGUCGAGGGAGGUUACAUGUUCCUUGCAAGCGAGCGUGGUGUCGAUAUCCUUCGCGAAAACUACGCCACGCAGAAGGCCACGGGUGCCGACGUGCAGCUCCUGGACCCCGUGGCGCUGAAGAAGCGCUUUCCGUGGAUCAGCACGGAGGGUGUCGAGCAAGCUGUCUUGGGUGUGAAGGACCAAGGCUGGUUUGAUCCCUGGGCAUUCCUCAACGCCAUGAAGCAAAAGAGUCUGUCGUUGGGUGUGGACGUGCUGAAAGGCGAGGUCAAGAGCUUUGACGUCGGUGCACAGAACCAGAUCGAAAAGGUGCACAUUGAGAUGCCAAACUCGCCUACUGCGCACUUGAGUUCCGUUCGUGCUGGUGUCGUGGUAAACGCCGCGGGUUGUUGGGCGAGUACCUUGCUAGAAGCUUGCGGUGUGUUUGACUACCCUGUGAAACCCCGGAAGCGCUCCGUGUUUGCUUUCCACUGUGAUGCGGAAGAAAUCUGGAAGGGCGACGCUGCGACUCCGCUCGUGGUGGAUACGAACGGGGUUUACUUUCGGCGAGAAGGCUCCGGUGGUCGCUUUGUGUGCGGGUGGUCUCCUGAAUCUGAGGACGACUUCGACGGACAGUCAAUAGACGAGCUGGACUUCCCAGAUCACGAGUACUUCGAGGAGCAGAUUUGGCCAACCAUCGCUCAUCGCGUCAAACACUUCGAAGCCGUCAAAGUUCUGAGUGCAUGGGCUGGCUAUUACGACUACAACACUUUCGAUCAGAAUGCCAUCAUUGGUCUACACCCGGACGUCCCCAACAUGUACCUCGUCAAUGGGUUCAGUGGCCACGGUCUGCAGCAGUCUCCCGCCGCUGGUCGUGCGAUCUCUGAGCUGAUCGUCCACGGAAAGUUCCAGACGAUUGAUUGCUCGCGCUUCAGCUAUGACCGCAUCCGGGCCAACGAGCCAUUCCUAGAGCAGGGAAUUGUGUAG